GACAAUAGCAUAUACCCGCAAUACAGCAAUUGGUCAAUUACAGCAACUGCCCAGGAUGGUAGCGACGACUUUUACCAAGCUUGCAGCUGGAUUUGUACUGCUUUCAGCAUUUGCAUUUGGCCAUGGAAACUGUGGAGACCAACCGUGCAACGUUCUCGAAGCAGCCUCCUGCUAUUGGAAUACAGCGGUUAAGUACGUCGUAAAGGACAUAGUUUUCAAGCUCGCAGCAGAGACAGCGCACCUGAAAAAGCUAUGUGGCAUAAAGGAAGCGUUGCCGCCUGUGUCAUACUGUGCGGCCUUGUAUGCCGGAUGCAGCGAAGAGGUUCGAAGGCACUUCGGAGUACCAGAGCACGGCUACCGCAUAGUGCAAAACGACCUUAUGGAUCGGGCCAACUGUGAAGGACUGGGCGUACUGAACUCCUGCAUCGACUCAUCUGCUUUGCUACGAAGUUGCCGUAUUAGUCUUGCCUUGGAACCUACGGUUGAGAAUGCUCAAAAUAACUACAAGGCUGCAUUGACUCUGCAUCGCUGCCUCCAUGACGCUUUGUCAUCCUGCUCGAAGGGAGAACACCACUACGCCAAGGACCACAUCAUCAACUCGUACGGACUGGCCUUGACGGAACUCUUUUGGGAUAGCAGUGCGUCCAUGCACCAGGCCGUAUCUUCCGCUUGGACUACAACGACAACCAAGGUUAAUGAUACUGACGGCAACCCUACCCUAACACCUGCAUUGCAAAGCGGCGCUGCCGUAAUGCUGCCCCUUGGUGCCUUGCUUCUCCUCCUGAUCGCCCUAUCAGGCAUAUAUGCCGUGUAGCCCAGCGCAUUCUAGUACGGAAUAUCUUUCAGAAACAACCGCGUGUUGAAGCGCGGUGUUUGAAUGAACAUGAUGAAUAUGUGUCGCCGAUAGGCGAAAUAAAUAGACAUUAUCUGCCCUACAAAGGCACCUGUGAGUGAUUACCUUGACACUGUUUAAAAAUGGGGCCUAGAAACAACGAUCCAUUGUGCCACGCGCGAAGAAUUUUUGGUUGAUAACCAUACGGUUUCUUGCAUCGACCAGAUAAACGUGUGGUGAUGUAGUCUAGUUGUAAUUUCCACAGUAGUGCAAACAAAAUUAGCUGAUCACUGCUUCAUUUACACUGCCCUAGCACAGUCAUCUGUUGCCAUUGCUUCUAGCACCUCCAAGAAAGAAAUUGCAUUAACUGAUUAAAGGUUGUCUGAUAAUCCAGUCCAACAAUAUGGUCGGCACAGUUUUCUAUCAACCAUGCCGCCGUGUGAAAUUUAUGAAAAAUUCGCUCCUCUUUUCGAUGACUUUAGGAUAGCAUCUACUCGAAUUAUAACAGUUAAACUGCACAGCGCUGAGGAUGGUUGGCUGUGAGCAGAAAUUCUUGUUGCUAUAAAAGAAAAAAGAUAUGCUUUGGAGUCUGUGUCACCGAGCCUCUAACUCCAACACAAUUUGUUUAUAAUUUAAGCUUUGCAGAAACAAAGUUAAUGCAGCUAUUCGCCUCGGUAAACGUAACCACUUUCGCAAAAUGUUAUGGGACUCCCGGUUUGAUAGCCGCAAAAUGACGUCAGAGGUGCUGGUCUGAAACAACGUAACGAUAACUACUUUCUUUCCCACUUUUCAUCUGAUAGCCAGCGUAUAGCAAAUGAUCUUAAGGAUUCUUUUUCUAGAAUAUCAGGUUUCACCAGACCACAUCCGGAUUCAUGUACAUUAAAAACAAGUAACCUGCACUCGACUUAUCUACCGCUUCUGACUGAUUGUGGCCUAAAACGAAUUCUUCCUAUUCUUAAACUCGUCAAGUCCGUAGGUACCAAUGGCAUCUCCGUCAUUGAGCUUCGAAGAAACCAUUGCUACAUCAACGCCGCGUUGAGAGCAAUAAUUAAUCACAUCUUGGUCAUGUGGCGUUAAUCCAGUCAGGAUGAAAAUGGCAAUCAUUAUACCACUCUAUAAGAAAGGAUCUAGAGGCAAAGUUGAAAACUAUCGCCCAAAUCAGUUUUAACUUGCAUGACAUAAACUUUAGAGAAAUCAUGUUGCUCACUAUGAAUAGCUUCCUUUAUACCAGCAGCAUGUUGUGACCGUGGUAAUACGGCUUUAUAAAAGGCAAAGGCACUCAGGCGAGUUUGGAUUAUUGUUACGAUUUCCUGAAUUUCUGCUUAGAAAGUAACCAGGUAGCGUGCACAUCGUUUCUUGAUCUAAGCAAGGCAUUUGACAGUGCCUGCCAUGGCCCAUGGUUAACAAAGCUCUCGAUGAUGGGAUUCCGUGGUUUAUCUCUAUUAUUUCUCAAUAAUUUUCUCCGGGACCGGUUUCCGUACGUCUCAGUUCAAAAGUGGGACGUACUGUUCAAAACGAAGCCGGUGUUACACAAGGUGUACAGUAGAAAGCUCUCUGUUAUUUAACAUUUACAUUCAUGAUCUGUCUAAUAUAAUCCCCAUUAAAAUAUUUCAGUAUGCAGACGAUACAGUGUUAGUUUCUCGUGCAAAUCAAUAUUCUGAUGCUGCUUCUCAGUUACAAGAAGCAGCAACGAAGGCAAUCGACUAGUUCGCGACAAAUUCAAUCCACAUUAACGUAUUAAGAACGCCAUGGGCCUGCUUUCGAAGCCCUUUAAAGAGAAUACACCUGACUAGGGAAAUUAUAUUACAAAAUUCGCAUUCUAAUCCAUGCUUUUCCAAUCUUAUCGACUACACAUCAGCCGUAACAUAUAUCGGUUGUGUUGUGACCGCGAUCUUUAAUGGAAUUCGCAUGUUUCUUAUGUUUGUCCGAGGAUUCGCUCAGUGCUGUGCUUGCUCUAUAAAACCCGUUACCUCAUGCCGAUAUCAGUCAGAAAAACCACAGCCCAUGCGUUAUGCUAGAGUGCAUGCAGUUCGAUAUGGGGUUACUGCCUACGGUCAUUGCGCUCUUCGUUGCCAAAAAAAAAUUAACUCACUUAUGGGCUACAUUUUGAUAAUUGUAGGUUAUGACUUCUCUUGAAGGCAACACCGACAUAUUCUCACGAGUAUGAAACAAUAUACACGUUGCAUUUACAAAGUGUAUAUACACAGCUGCCGAGAAUCCUGAGAGGCUCUUGCCACUUCGUCCUCUUCACCGUCGACGACCUUGCCCUCUUUUUCCACCGUAACACGAAUCCCGGCAGCAAAAGCACCGUCCCGGUGCUUUUUCUGCAUCCAUGAGUCUUGGCGAACCACGGACUGGAUCAGCGAUAUCGUCUCAGCAGUGUUGUUCCAAAGUGUCUGUUGAGGCGAUGCAGGAAACGUUACUUCGAUUUUGCGGCGUACAAUUCGGGUCACGUUUUCGCUUGGAGGUGGCGAGCUAGAUUGGUCGGUGGGGUUGGUACAAGAAGAGGUCGCUGCAGUACUUGGAAGCCGUGUAAACUGCUUGUAUGUACGGGGACUCUUCGUCUGCUGGAAACGGCGGCAAUCCUUCAUGAUGUCGUCGACAUUCGACAAGUUUCUAAAGACCAGGAGGUUGAAUGCGUCGUCCGCGAUGCCUUUGAUAAUGUGUCCAACCUUCUCUGCUUCUGGCAUGGACGUGUCCAUUUUAUGGCAGAGGGCUAGGACGUCCUGAAUGUGGGGAGACAUACGACUCGGUAGCAGUUUGGGCACGCGUGGCGAGUUGUUGCUUGGCGGCUAGUUGUCGACCGGUCGGAUUACCAAAAACGUCGGACAGCUUUUUUUUGAACAAGCCCCAGCUGGUGAGCUCUUCCUUGUGCGUGUAAAACCACUUUCGUGGCGUUCCGUCCAGGUAGAACACGACAUUCGCCAGCAUUAUAGUUGGAUCCCACCUGCUCAUCUUGCUGACGCGCUCGUACAUCUUCAACCAUUCUUCCACGUCAACACUUACGAGGCCAGUGAACUUGCCGGGGUCUUGCGGCUGAGGUAGGGCAACGUACUGGGUAUGCGUAGUCGGUAUUGCAGCUGCAGAUGCGGUGCCUUCCACUGGAAGCAUCGUCCCAGGGUGGGUGAGACGUCCGCUGCGGAGCUCCGUGGCGAAGACGCGUACCCCGCACGUCCACUACAAUGCCACGAGUAUAAAACUAUUUACACGCUGUAUUUACAAAGCGUAUAUACCCAGCUGCCGAGAAUCCCGAGAGGCUCUUGCCACUUCGUCCUCUUCACCGUCUUUUCCUCUUUUUCCACCGUAACAAUAUUUUAAGGUAUUAUCAAUGCAUGAUUUUUCUUCGGUUUGGCUGCAUAGCAUAGCCCUGAGAGAUUUCUGGGACAAUAGUUUCAAGAUACCUCAUACCCCCUUGCCUUAGACCAAAAUGGCGUUAUCAAAUACCUCGAUGUGCACCAAAAUACCACAAAGGAAUGCCAGAAUGCUAUGUUCCGGCGUUGUUCAAUUAUUUACAUUGUAACGCGCUGCAGUCAACAUAAAACUAUAAGCUCAAGAAAGCACCAAAACGUGCGGAUUUCAGCGGUUAUAACGCAGAAAGAAAUAGAUCUCAAUUACAUCCAUCAGUAUUACGUCUAUAGAGUGGCUUUGGUUAAAAAGGGACCAGAACGCUUGUUUCUGCAAAUGUUUUAUUGGAGCAUUGCUGGUUCUUUACCUCAUUUUGUUGUUUAUAACCAUGUACUAAUUUUUUUAUUGUUCCAUGCAAAGUAAUCGUGUGGCGCAGUGAUAAUUGUGCGCGCCAGAUGUACUUCUAAAACAUCUAUGUGGUCAUAUAUGUACAUGGGGUACAGAUGCGUACCAUGUGCGUAUCCGUCUAUAUAUACACCUUUAUUCACUUUUUUUAUUUGUUUUUGCUUCUUAGGUUUUUUUGCACCAAUGAUAUUGUAACAGUUUCUAUGCAGCCUGUCACGUUAUGCCCGUCAAGCCCAAUGUGUCUUUGUCAGGCCUGAUGAAUGUAUUAUGUUUUCGAAGAAUAAUAGUAGAAGAGUUUAUUAUUAUUAAUAUUUACCCAAUUUUCUAUUCCUUCAAGCACUUGUGAAAACUGUGAUCUUGCGAGAUGUACCGGUGCCGUAAAAGUUCGCUGAAACUCCAAAACCCAAACUACAGCAGCGGCGUAGCCAGAAACAUUUUUAGGGGGUGGAUGGGAGGUACCCACUUGGCUGGUCACGACGAGGUUGAGCGGUGGAGAGAGGGAUGGGCUGGCCAAAUACUAACAAGAAAGAUAUUUCUGGAAGGAUAAGGGCCCAGUGUGCCACGCCGCGGUUACGUAAUUGAACAAAGGUAACCAUUUAGUUCUUGCGUCCGUUUAUCUAAACUUAUUUCUCUAGAUCUCGAAUUUAGUGCCAUUGUUUCACUUUUUUUUGUUUAUGUGGGAGGACAGUAAAAACUUAAAAUGUUUGUUUUCUAAAGCAAGAUGCGAUUGAAUAGAUUAUUUUAAAACAAAAUCGCUGAUGUGCGCUCAAGCAGAGUUUCUUUUGGUUUGCGAAAGAAACAGGAUACAAUGGCGGAUACGCAUAUGAUAUCAGCAGCAAUGUGAAAAAAAAAAAUUCCCACGUGAGGAACUAUUCCAAGUGUAAGCACGCGAAACGCCGAAUACUCUAUACUGAAGCGGAUCUCGCCGACUGUAAUCUGCCGUUCAUUAGUAAACCUAGCUGCGAUAACCGCUCCAAAGUCCGCGAAGCGGGGAAUGACGUGGAACUCAAAAUACUUCUCUUUUCUCUUACACGGAGAUCUCUUGAGACAGUAUCGUUUAGUCCGCCAGUUCUCAGUAGGUUGCACGUGGUCCAGGCUGGAGCCCCUCAAGGAGCCGCUCGUCCUUAUCCUGAUUGGAGUGAUGUAUAUGAGAAAAUACAGUAAUCGAUGCAUCGAAGACUUGGUCAUUACGAUGCCAGAAAGUGCUACUGUCUGAUGUAGGCAGUCGUCUAAAAACAAUACAAAAGGGGUGUGGGGGUACAUUUUGUCUUACAGGAAUUUCCACGGAGGUUUAUUUGGGCAUAGCACAGUACGAAGGGUUGAAUACUCGGGCCAUAAUUUAUGUCGCAUCAAGUAAUGCCACGAAACUUCCGAUGCGAGUCUAUUUUAUUUGUAUUUAAAUAAAGCACUCUGUCUGUCUCUCCGUUUGUUGCGUGCAUGAAUUCUUCGGCUGCAUAUUCGCUCAAUUCGGCUGUGUUAUUAAAUGCUAGCUUUUGCAGGUUCAAUAAACAUCAAAACUAUAAAUAUGCCGGAAAUGAUGUAAUAAGUAUCACUACCAUGGAGAGCAGCUAGAAGUUAGGGCGUCUAUCUUUUUUUGACGCGGCCUCCUCAAAUGUUCCUUGAUGUUAAAAACGAACCUUCUAAAUCUUUCAUAUUAGCAUUCGUAAAAAGUCGACGGACAUGACAAGACGUACAAGCGAACUCGCGUAAUUAUUGUUGGUGUCGCCCUAUCAAUACGGUCCUCUCUUAGAGCGAAGCUGUUAGCCCCUAGAUGGUCGGCAUUUUUCCUGUCUGGGUCCGUGGAAAAAAUGUGGGCCGAUCCUGGAGGCAGUGCAGGGCCAGGAGCCGUGGCUCGCGCCCCGUAAGGCAAAGGAUUCACGAAGUCAGAAAUGCGAAGCGAACUGUGUAAACAUUCUUUGGAAUUCCGCAUACGACGUACAAAGUAGCAUACGUUUCAAUGAAAAAGAAGUGCGAUACAAUCAUCCUAACCACAUAUUUGACAAUAAGGCGCUCCCGAUAACAAUGCGGAGCACGUAAUGCUCCCCGCGGACGUUCCCCGGCAAAGACUACUGUUGCCCUAGCUGCCGCGGCGACGGCAGCUUGUGACAUAGGAGUGACCUCCAUAGCCUCUCGUUUUUAAGAUAACCAGCCUAGCAACUCAGUUCAAUGUUGUCGCAGCAAUGGUAUGGGCGGUUGCGUGCUGUCAAACUUAGCAUUACUAACCAUUUACAAAAAACAAUAAAACAUUGCAUACACCCCUCAGCAGUGUGCCCAUUCCAGCAAUGUGUCUAUACCACACGAUGCCAUGCCACAGACAUCAUGGUUUAGCGAUAUAACCGACGUCAACUCUACCAAUGGCGCUGCAACAUCGCUGUCAUUAGGUUCCUCGAGUCUCCCCUGGUCAUCGUUUGACGACUGUAUACAACGCACAAUUCAUAGAGCUUGACCUAUUUAAUGUUAGCAGUGAAUACAUUCUUCUGCUAACAUCUAACAUCAUCAUCACCUAUAGUUCUUUUAUGUCGUACAGUGCUUUGGUGUUAUAAAAUGCACUGAAUCUACGAAGCAGCAUGAACCGCAGAAAUUGGGUUUUCUGUUUUUUUAUCUGCUUUUGUUUUUGUGGCUUCCCAGCCGCUCUGCCGUUGUUUGCUGAUAUUGUUUUUUUAAGCAAAGAAAGCUAGAAGUUAUGCCACGCAAGUGUUUUGCUAUUAAUGCCAUUGAACAGGCGCUUUGCAUUCAUUCUAAAAUUUGGUUUGCUCUAAAUCCGUGGUCUAUGCAAGUCACAUUCUCUUGAGUGCAUGGACGGACUUUAAAAAAGGCUACGUGUGCGAUAACAAUACCUCUGAAUGGUAUUUCGUCAACACACGCAGUAACCGCUGGAAUUACAAAGCGGAAAAGGACCAUAACCCGCAUGCAGUAAAAUUCCGCUCAAACUGGCAUGCCUAGCUGCCACACAGCCUCCAAACUCCGAAGCGGUGCGUGGUUCCUUGCUCGCAACAUCAUUGAUUGUUUCAACUUAGAUAUCUCGGAAGACCGGUUCGGUUAAUCACGCCGCUCUCAAUAGAUGUCAUCACGAUACCGCGCGUGGGACGGCCCACAAUUUAGGCGCCCAAACGAUAGCUCCCAUUGCCACCACAAUAGCACUUACGGAUUUUAUUUUAUUGCGGGAGCAUCAAGGAGUGAAGACACAAUUUUUAAGCGACAAUAAAAUUCUACAACUUUGCGAUGUGUGCAAUUUGCUCAAAGUAUUCGUGAAUGAGAUGUACUUUUUAUUGAAGGAAUACUUUGGCAGAGACAUACCACAAUCAGCAAAACGCUAGAGCCGUAUUUUACCUUGGGCCAAAGGAUACCACGAAAGAUCACGUGACGCUUUGUUACUUGCAUUUCAAUAAAAACAUUUCUCUCUGUCCUUGA